CUUCAUUCUGCAUUUGCUAACAGCUCAGUCAAUCAUGUCUGGUCGAGGAAAAGGAGGAAAGGGACUCGGGAAAGGUGGCGCCAAGCGUCACCGCAAAGUUCUCCGUGAUAACAUCCAGGGCAUCACCAAGCCCGCUAUCCGCCGUCUUGCCCGUCGUGGCGGUGUUAAGCGUAUCUCCGGUUUGAUCUACGAGGAGACCCGCGGUGUCCUCAAGGUGUUCCUGGAGAACGUGAUCCGUGAUGCCGUCACCUACACCGAGCACGCCAAGAGGAAGACCGUCACCGCCAUGGAUGUUGUCUACGCUCUGAAGAGGCAGGGACGCACCCUGUACGGCUUCGGCGGUUAAACCAUCUUCUCCGACCCUAAACCCAAAGGCUCUUUUAAGAGCCACCC